AUGUUCACCAUUCGUGUCCUUUUGAAGCGUAUUUCUAAAAGAAACGGUGUCGUAACAUUUUUUGAAACGGGUUUGCAUGAACGUGAAUCAGUACCAAUAUCCCAUUCAGGAGUAGUUCCUACCAUGGUUCGUUAUCCAGAAGGUCUUCAACCACAUCAGGAGCAGAGCCGUCCCUCGAGAUCCAAAACCCUAGCAACCUCAACUAAAAAUCAGCAACAACAGGGUAGCUGUGACCUUCUCUCCUACACAAGUGGUUUGAAUCACAAUCAGAGCCGUUUCAAAUCCGAGCCUAUGUUGGUAGGGUGUGAUAAUUUGGAGAAUGAACUUGAUAAUGAUAUUGACGACCCAACCUCAGCUUUGGUCUCGAACAGUGGUCGUUCAGACGACUUUCUGGGGGGUAACUUGGGGAAGAAGAUAUGUAUAACCCCUCCACCAACGAUAUCAGGCCGAACUCCAGAGAACUAUGCUGUCUCCUUCCCAAAACCACAAGCUAGCUAUGUAUAG